ACCAAAUUGAAAAACUAUAUUUAUAUAUUCACAACUGAAAAAAAGAAAAGAAAAAAUAAUGAAAAGCAAAAACCAAGAGCUCUAAGCCGCCUUGAAUUAGUUAUUUUUGUAAGUAUAAAGAAGAAUGAAAGAAGAUAAAAAUUAAUUUAAAAAAUUAAUACUUCAAUAGUAAAAGAAUUUCACAGCUCAAUAUAUAUAUUUUUUUUUAUGUUAAUAUUUUGAUUUCUGAUUUAAACACUGAAAGUGGUAAAGAAUGAAGAAUGCAAAAUACAAGCGAAAUCAAAUAAAAUAAAUUAAAUACAAAAGUAAAUAAAAGUAAAUUAUUUAGCAUGAAAUACGAAAUACGAAUGUAAACAAAUUAAAUGAAGAAAAUAUUAGUUAAGGAAUUGUCGAAGCGCUUCUGCACUGAAAUGCGAAUAGUUUAAAGCCAAGCUAAGUAAAUUUUGACAACUUCUAGCAUUCUUAGCAUAUUUGCAAGCAUUUCAAAUGUGUAGCCAAAUUCUGGGAUAAAUUGGGAAAACAAAACUGUGAGCAUUUUUUAGCAAGGAAGCAAAAACAAAAAAAUUAAAAAUAAAUUAAUAACAAAUUCAAUUUAAAACUAAAAACUAAAAAAAAAUAAUAGAAACAAUUUUCAAAUAAUAAAGACCUUAAGCAAGGGGCCGAACAGGGGGACCUCUAUAAACUGGCAUCAAUUAUAAACAAAAAAUAACAAUAAAUGAAAAAAAAAAAAAAAAAAAAAAAAGAAAUAAAAUUGAAAGUCGUUUCAAUGUGGGGCCACCCUAAAGGACAACCACAAACUCCCUUCUCAUUCACAUUUACAUAGCACAUUCACUCACUCGCAGUCAAAGAAUUCAUGGUGAUGGCAGCAUUUAAGUUCCAUAUCGCAUCUAACUUAAGAAGUUUAGCUUAAGGCUUUAAAUUGCGAGCAUACUAGGUACUAGGCUAUCAUGGAACGACGUGGACGCAUCCCAGUGGCCAAGUUUCGUACGCAGGAGGCCAAGACACGCAGUCGAAGUCGCGUGAAGGAGCCGGAUUACAAUGAACAGGAUCCGGAACAUGAUAUGUUUACACUGCUGGAGGAUAACAUUGCGCUAAAGGAAGAGAACAAAGCGCUCAAACUUGAAAUUGAAUCGCACAAAACCACGCAGGAGGAGCAGCAGGCGCAACACGAAAAACUAUGUGGUCAAUUGGAGCUGCUGCAGCAGCAGCAAGCCAAAUUCGAGUCAGACAUCAAGGACCUCACUGUCAAGUUCAAUAAAACACUCAACGAGCGCAAUGCGCUCGACAAGCUGCACAAGAUGAAGGUCGAUCAAAUAAACAAUCUCUCUACCGAAUUGGAUCACAUGCGCGAAAAGCAAGUGGGACACCAGGGUGGUGCCUCAGUGGUCGGCUCAGUGGAGCUAAGGCGCAAGCUGUUGAAGAUCCUGCAACAGGAUAGCGGUGACGUUGCUAACGACUUGGACAGUCUGGUCGAUGUUGAUGCAAACCAGGAUGUGCCCAUUACCAAUGGUCAGGUAGAGCGUCUAGUGUCCGAAUUCUUAACGCUCAAACAUGCCACCAACGCCGUAGAGCUGCAGCUAUAUGAAGCCAAUGAGAAGAUAGCAGAACUAGUGGAGCACCAACACCUACUCGAGGAGGAGAACGAUACGCUGCGCACCGAGAACGGAAAUUUGACCAAAGUGGCCAAACUCUUGACCGACAACAUGAAGGAGAGCGUGGAGACGAGUCAAAAAAUGGAGGCCGCCUUGAUUAGAUUGAAACAGCGAAAUGAUGAACUAACUGCUAAGAUGCACGAUAUUCCCGAUGGACAGCCGGGGGCAACACCUUCGCCUACAUCGUUGCAGUCGCAGGUCGAGUUCGAGCAGAUCACGGACCAGGUGCAACAUCAGGCGCGCGAGCACAACGAACGUAUCGUGGAAAUGAAAACCCUAAUGGAUGCGGCUAUUGCAAAAACUACUAACGAUGAACUAAAAAAAUUACAACUUAAGUUGGAAAUACUCGAGGAGCAGCUGCAUCGGGCCCUAACACGCGCCGACCUGGCCGAGGAGCAAUUGGUGCGCUAUCAGCAAGCAGAAAAGCACGCAACAUCGGCUAGAGUUGCAGCACCUCCGUCAGCACCACCACCACCGCCACCGCCCCCGCCCCCGCCUAUGCCCGCCAAAGUGCUCUAUACUGCAGCGAUGGCUGGGGGUCCGUCUGAUGCUGCUGGUGGGGAUGGGGCGACUGGCAGCUUCAGUCAGCACAUUGCCACGCAUAAUUUGCACAAAGGCCUCGCCGAUAAGAUUAUCGACAGCGUCAAGCAACAGGUACAGGUGCAGGCGACAACAGGUCUUGACGCUAUAGUGCGCGAAUUCAAAUCUGGACGUGUGACGCUGCGCCGCAAUCGUCGAAAAACCAAAACGAGCGAAGCUCUGAAGGAGAUGUUCCAAGUACUCGAGAUAAGCCAGAAGCAGAAUCGCAACUCAAAGAUUUGUGUCGAUCUGAAUACAACAUUAUAAGACUCUCUUCCUAUCUCUUUUACUUUGGUCUCAAAUUUAAAGUCUACGCUUUGCUUUAACAACGAAACAUUCCGUGCAUUUGAAUAUUUAUUUAUUAGCCUCUCCUAUUUAACUCACUAAUUGUGCCUUCUCUUUGAAAAAAAAAAAAAAAAAAAAGCCAUUUUCUUUGCCUAAAUCAAAGUGCCCAUCAGUCCUAAAACCUAACAUGUAUUUUUUCGACUUUUUUAUAAUGUGUUCAUCUACUAAUAAUUAUUGUAAUUUAUGCUCAAUAUACAAUUCAACCCAACGAAAUAUUUUGAAUAAAGUUUUAUAACCAAAUAUAACAAAUUAACAAA